AUGGCUUUGUUCCAAGAAACAAAAAAAUCAAGUCUAACCAACUUGAUGGUGAAAAGUGUCUGGCCUAGAGAUAGGCUUGAAUUCAUGAAUGUAGAUGUUGAAGGGUUGGCUGGUGGUUUACUUCGUAUAUGGGAUCCAGUCAUAUUUGAGCGUACUGAGUGCUGUUGCAGCAGAAACUUUCUUCUCCUAUUAGGUAAGCUUUUCAACUCCUUUGACUGUGUACUUGUUAAUAUUCAUGCUCCCAAUGACAUCAUAAGGAAAAGGAAAUUUUGGGAAUCUCUGUUAAAUUUGAAAACUUAUUUCCCCAAGCCUUGGUGUACUGGUGGUGACUUCAAUGAGAUUAGAAAUAUAGGGGAAAGUGUAGGUGUAUCACUCAGGGAUAGGGGUAUGAAGGAUUUCAACAAUUUUAUUAACAGAUGUGAGGUAGUUGAUCUUCUAUUGCUUGGCAGAAAAUACACCUGGUGCAAUGCAUUUGACGGUCAUAAGUGGAGCAGAAUAGAUAGGUUCCUUCUUAGUCCUGAAUGGCUAGAAAAAUUUAAAUUCAACCAGUGGGGUCUUGCUAGAGCCUCAUCUGAUCACUGCCCUAUUGUACUUAUGGAGGAUACUAGAGAUUGGGGGCCUAAACCAUUUAAGUUCUUAAAUGCGUGGAUGUUGCAUUUGAAUUUUGCAUCCUUUGUGGAACAUACUUGGAGUCACUCACAGUUCUCAGGGCCUGCUGGUUUCACCCUUCAGAAAAAGUUGUUUGCCCUCAAGUUGGCUCUAAAAAAAUGGAGUAAAGAGGUAUAUGGUGAUGUCUCAUCUAAGCUGCAAGUUAUUGAAAAUGAUCUUCAUCAAUUGAACUUGAAAGCUGAGAUUAGGCCUCUAGUGGAGGAAGACCUGAAGCAGCAAAGAGAGAAAAAGAACGAAAGGCAAAAUAGAAAUUCUCUCAAUUCCAUCACAGUGGGGGAUACAAUCUUUGAGGAACCAGCUCAAGUUAAAAAAGAAGUGUGGUCUUUCUUCUCCAAUCAUUUCUCCGAAGCUUGGAAGCAUAGAACGGUUCUUGUUGGAGAUUUCAAGAGUGUAAGGUUUAGCGACCAUUUUCAUUUGCUUGAGGCAGAGUUCUCUAAAGAAGAAGUUUGGGCAGCUAUAGCUGAUUGUAAUGGGAACAAAGCUCCAUGGGAACAAAGCUCCUGGGCCGGAUGGCUUUAA